ACACGGCCGCGAGUCGUCCGUACCCAAAAUUGCCAAAAUCACCCUCCAAUUCCUUUCCCCUCCUCCCUCCCCUCUGCCGCCAUGGCCGCCUCCUCCUCCUCCUCCCCCCCUUGACCCACACCACCAAUCGCCCCAAAUCCAUGAGACUCCCCGCGCCACAAUCCAGCCCUGCCGCACGAGGAUGUCCCAGUCCGACGUUGUCUACAGCUGCGGAUCUUGUGGAUACCCUCUGAACCUUUCAUCUUCUAACCGAAGCACAUCUGACGUAGGAUCCUCAUACCAAAAGUCUGUGAAGAAAGGUCUGAUUUCAUUCAUUACUGUUGAUCUGAGCCGAUUUACUCAGGUAGACGAGAUAUCUUGCUUUCCCCUCACCUGGCGUAGCUAUCGGCCAAAAACUAAGCUUCUCUGCCGAAAGUGUGGGGCAUCUAUUGGCUAUGGGUAUGGUGAACCAGCUGUUCUGUGCAGCUUUGAUCCAGCCAGUUCAUCAUCUAGUACAUCCCAAAAGUAUUUAAUAAAAAUCCAGGCUCUCCAGCCUUCGGAUAGUACUCAGUAGUCUGUCAACUUCAGCCAAAAUUUGGAAAGAGAGGAAAUGGAUGACAACGUGGAAAACUAUAUCAAUUUCCUAUCAGAUGAUUGCUUGAUUUGUAUAUUUAACAAGCUUGAAAGUGAAUCGGACAGGAAUGCUUUUGGCUUAACUUGUAAGAAUUGGUUUAAGGUUCGAAACAUUGCCCGGAAAUCAAUAAUUUUCCAUUGUUCUUUUAACCCUAAAGUAUAUAAGGAGCACGCCAAUUGCCUUUCAAAGUUAUUGGCCCGCUCACCUUAUCUUAACUUGGUCUCCCUCGCUGGGCUUACAGAACUACCUGACACGGCUUUAAAUCAGCUGAGAAUUUCUGGAGCAUCAUUGCAGUCCCUUUCUUUCUACUGCUGCUCUGGUAUUACGGAUGAUGGUUUAGAGGUGGUCUCAAUCGGAUGCCCUAAUUUGGUGAGUCUUGAACUCUACCGCUGCUUUAAUAUUACAGAUCAUGGUUUGGAAAAUCUUUGCAAGGGCUGCCAUGCUUUGAAGAGUCUUAACCUGGGUUACUGUGUAGCCAUUUCAGAUCAAGGGAUUGCUGCAAUCUUUAGGAAUUGCCCGAAUAUUUCCACAAUUAUCAUAGCAUAUUGCAGAGGUUUAUCCGGUGUUGGAUUCAGAGGUUGUCCAGGUACACUUUCUCAUCUAGAAGCUGAGUCGUGCAUGCUUUCUCCAGAUGGUUUGUUGGAUGUAGUGAGUGGUGGUGGACUGGAGUAUCUAAAUUUGUACAAUUUGAAAAGCCCAACUGGACUUGAUGGCCUGGACAGAGUUGGUUAUGCGAGAAGUCUUCGGUUUUUAAACCUCAGGAUGUGCCGUUACCUUACCGAUGAUUCUGUGACGGCAAUAGCUAGCGGGUGUCCAUUGAUUGAGGAAUGGAGCCUCGCUGUCUGCCAUGGAGUUCGCUUGCCUGGAUGGUCUGCGAUUGGAUUGCUCUGCAACAAGCUGAGAAUCUUGCAUGUUAACCGUUGCCGAAACAUUUGUGACCAAGGUUUGCAGGCUCUAGGGGAUGGCUGUGUAUGCCUUCAAGUUCUGCAUAUCCAUGGAUGUGGCAAGAUCACUAAUAAUGGUCUGGCAUCAUUUAGCAUUGCUAGGCCCAAUGUGAAACAAAGGGCUGAUGAAGUCAUGUGCAUUGGCCCCUCCAUUGAGGAUUUAUUCCGAUUGCAAUGAUCAGAAACUCAGAAAGUUUCAGCUAAAGUUUGGGGUUGACAAGAUUCAAGCCAUUGCCACCAGCAUUGUCAUUACAAGUCACAAGAUAUUUGGUUCUGUAACCAUUAUGCCCUUCUAAUUUGCUCAAAAGUGCAUACUUAUUUAUUAUAAACAGGACCACAAAUAUACAAAUGGAUUGCGAGGAGUCAAGUCCAUUUGUUCCUGUGGUUAUUUGCAAGUUCUGAGUUUAUUGGGUGAUACAGAAAAUGGUUGUAGAAGGUUGUUUUUCGUACAAUUUGAUAGCUAGUUUAAACUUGUAAAUUGACAUGUUUUAAAACCAUCGAAAAUUGAAUUGGAUGGGUUGGUUGUACUACAGCGGUUGAACCGGUGUUUAAACUUUCCGAUGGAUUGUAUUAGGUUAA